AUGGUCCUCAGAUUUCCCAGAGGUCGACACCUCUUAUUCCCCUCCCUGUCUCCCCUCCGAAUCCUCGCUAUCCGCCCCUACCUCUCACCCCCAUCGACCUCGGCGCUUCGCCCAACUUGGAGAUCUCUGUACAGCGAGACAUCGAUCUCGGAGACCGAAGAGAUGACACCAGCCCUCAAGCCAGAUUUCGGAAAGGACGACGCCUUCUUCCCUCCUCUGCCCGAGAUACGCUCGCAGGCGAUAAAACUCCAGGUCUACACCCAUCGCAGCUACUAUGCGCGCCCGAACCAUAUUUUCGAGGACAGCCAAGACGACCUCAGUCCUGAUAACGAGAAGUUUGAGCAUUUGGGCGACACUGUCUUGGGUCUUACCAUCACUAACCUCCUCAUGGAUAUGUUCCCGGGUUUACGAGUGGGGCCCUCGACUAAAAUCAGGGCAAUGAUCGUCGGCAACCCCACCCUAGCUGAAAUAUCUUUGAAGUACAAACUCCCUGAUCAUCUGCGCCUCCACCCGGCACAAUCGAUCACCCUGCGCGCUUCGACCAACAUCCAAGCUGAUGUUUUCGAGGCAUUCGUCGGUGGGGUCUUCCUCGACCGCGGCCUCGAGCCUGUCAAGACAUGGAUCAACGCACUCUUUCGCCCUUACGCGUUCGCAGCGUAUCAGGUCGCCCGACAGCAGCAUGGGUUGCCUCCUCUCCUUCCUCCCAACCCCGACGGCUCUGACGGACCAGGCCCGCGCUACACCGGUGCCCACACCCUCGGCACCCUCAACGCACAGCUGCAGGCUCCCCCUGCGCGGCUCCCCGAGCCAGGCAACCUCAUGAAUCAGCCCACCGUCGGCCACCUCGCGCUGUUCAACCAGCACCUGCAGAAGCACAACCGCAACGUCGAGUGGGUCUACUCGGACAGGGCGGCCGAGGGUGGACACCCGUACUCGGAUGUUGGGCUCCCCCAGGAGAUGAUCAUGAAGGGCACCAAGUCGACGCCUGUGUGGUAUGUCAAGGUCAUGGUAGAUGGGCAGUUCUGUGGACGGGGAAGGGGAAAUACGAAGAAAGCCGCGAGGAACGAGGCGGCGAAGGAGGGUUUGACGGCGUUGGGCGUGAUUGUAAGGUGA